AUGUCUCGAGUCCCUACUAACACAACUACAGACGUCAAGGGUGUCAAUUAUGUGAUCAACUAUGACAUGCCAGGCAACAUCGAGGACUACGUCCACAGAAUUGGAAGAACUGGAAGAGCUGGUGCCAAGGGAACUGCCAUUUCAUUUUUCACUGAUGCUAACGCGAAGCAAGCCGACGACCUAGUUGGAAUUCUCACUGAGGCCAAACAGGAGAUUCCUCCAGCCCUGCAGGGUUUCUGCCGUCGUCGUGGCUACGGUGGUGGUAGAGGUGGUGGAAGAGGUGGCCGUGGUGGCAGAGGCCGUGGUGGCUACGGCGGUGGCCGUGGUUACGGUGGUGGUGGAUACGGCAACGGUGGUAACAGUGGUUACAGACAGUCCGGAUCUAACUCUGCUCCUCUCAACAACAGAAGAUUUUAG